GUUUGAAACAAAAAAGAAAUAGUGCAGUUCGUCUGAUUAUUCCUGUGUAUUAAAUAUAUACGAAUUUUGACACCAAGGCAAUUGUAUUAGUGUUUGUGGGCGAGUACAUUUAAACAUCAUCUGGGAAAAGUAACAAUCAUCUUUAACAAUCAUGAUAAGACUUGCAAUAAUCUUCUUACUAAUUUCCAUUAUUGAAAUCAAAAGUUGUUCCUUUAGUAUUAAUGAGGUAACUGAAUUAAAACGACUUUUCAAUGAGUCGGAACGUGAUAUGGAAUUAGCAACUCGAAAUCAAAAUGAAAAUGCGGCAAUUCUCCUAGGCAAUGCAAGAUGUGGCAAAAGUACACUAAUUAAUUACUUAAUGGGAAAUGAAUUGAAAGCUUAUAAAAAGAAUGAUGAAAUUAAAAUAAGAAAAGCUAAUGAAAAUAGUCCAGGACCAGAAAUUGGUGCCGGAUCAGUGUCAGUGACUACAAUUCCCACAAAAUGGAACUCAACAAGGACAGAAUUAGAGAAUUUGGACAUCUGGGAUACCGCUGGAUUUGUGGACAAUAGAAAUGAAAUGCAAGAUAUAAAUAAUGCCUUUCAUCUCUAUCAUUUGACAAAAAAAGUAGAUUCUCUCAAACUUAUUUUAGUUAUCAGCUAUGGCGAAAUUACUAGUGGAAAUGUUAAUCAGAUUUUAUCACUUUUAAAAACUUUAGAAGGAUAUUUUAAUAACAGGUUAAAAGAUAUUUUCCCAAGUAUAUCAGUAAUUAUAUCAAAAGCACCUGAUCAAAUUAAUAAUAAUUAUCCAGUCGAUUCUGAAUUCCUAAAUUAUAAAUUAAAUACAAAUUUAUUAUCAAGUUCACAAUUGGAUAUAUCAGAAGUUUCAAAAGACUUUGUACGGCAUCUAAUAAAUAAUAACCAACGCGUCGCCUUCUUCAGGAAAGUGAAAAAAUUAGGGAAAGUUACUUCUGCUAUCGAUGAUAAUAUUAUUUCAGCUAUUAAAAACUGCGAUAGCAUACGCAAGCCAUUCCAUCAGGAUAUAGGUUUUACAUUUUCAGUCAACUCGAAAAAUUGCCUGCAAAAGACUAAUGAUGAUUUACUGAAUAUGAAUGAUUUUUUAAAUUUAAUUUCAUUAAUGAAUAACAGGUACAAUGAAACCUACAAUUAUUUGAAAAAGUCGUUAGAUAGAGAAGUAUUAUUGCAAAAAAUGUCCAGUUUUGAAGACAUCUACAGACAUAUUGAUAUUUCUUCAUUGGAUAAUUCUGAUGCAAAUUCUAAAAUUAAAAUUCUGAAAGAGAGUGAUAAUACUAUGAAAGACUUCAUUGUGGAGAAAAAUUUAGAGAAUAAAAUCAGUCUAACUGAAUUUAUUGAUAGUAUAAUUCCGUCAGGAAAAAUAAGAAGAAUAAAUAUUUUAUUGGAGGCUAUUGUCAAAUUACUAUAUGACAGGACAUCGGUAUUAAUUUCAAUAUGUAAACUUAAUGUUAACAAUAUUACUGCAGGCGAAUUUGACAAAAAAAGUGAAGAAACUCUACAAUCUCAAAAUGCAACAAUUAAUAUCUUGAAAGAAAAAAUGGAAAAGGAAAAAAUACCUAAACAAGAAGAAGGCACUUGGAAUAGAGUUUUCAGGACUAUUGGAACAGAAAGACCACGCGGUUUCCGCAUAGGUCCUGGAAGAUAGAAAUGAUUUACAGUAUGAUUCGAAUUCGAAACCGAAUUAUUUGUUUAAAUGUUUUUUAAUUUAGUACAACUAAAACUUUUUUCUAAUAUUCAAUUAUUAUUUAAAAUUUUAACUGAAUUUAUUUCUUAAUCAAUUCCUUCUAGAAUUUUACAAUUCUGUAAACACUAGAAAUAACCUUCUUAAUUUUUAGAAACUAAAAAAAACGUCUAAUUAAAAGAACUAGAAUUUUUGUUAUUUUAACCAGAAAGAAAUGUUAAAUAUGCCCUUAUUAGUUUUUUCUAGUUAAAAGUAUUAGAAAACCUGGUAAAAUAUUUCUGGUUAAACAUACCACAAUUUUUUAGUAAAAUUUUAUUCGUUCAGAAUUUCUGGUUAAGUUGACCAUUAAUUCUGGUUUUUCUUCAGUGUCAUUCAUUAUAAUAAUUGUAAACUAAAGAGAUGUUGUUAU